UGCUCCGUCCCUCUUUGUGGCCCGUGUGUUCUUGGUGGCUGUCUGGUCUGCUGACCUGGUUUGGCCGUAAAUCUAAAGAUUCUCCACAGUUAGGUUAAAGCAAACCUCAUUUUGCUGCAUCAUUCUGGCCAUCCAGCGCACAUUUGGCUGGCUAUCGCUAUAAAUUGUCCGGAACAGACAGUGUUGAGCCGGGGCGUCGACUGGCCGUGAGGCAGAGCAUCCACAGGCAGCUAGCGUUAGCCUCAACUAUAGGCAGGGGGGCAGCGGUGUCGGAGGGAAUUUUAUCAUGUCCGGCUACCAAGGAAAGAAGAAUAUCCCCAAAAUUACAAGCGACCGUCUCCUGAUCAAGGGAGGAAAGAUAGUGAACGAUGAUCAGUCCUUCUUGGCUGAUAUCUACAUGGAAGAUGGAGUCAUCAAACAAAUUGGAGACAACCUCAUUGUCCCAGGUGGAGUCAAGAUCAUAGAGGCCCAUGGCAGGAUGCUGAUGCCGGGGGGCAUCGAUGUGCACACCCGAUUCCAGAUGCCCGACCGAGGCAUGGUGGCGGCAGAUGACUUCUACCAGGGCACCCGGGCAGCCCUGGCUGGCGGCACAACCAUGAUCAUCGACCACGUGGUACCGGAGCCCGGUUUCAGCCUGGUCGCUGCUUUCAAACAGUGGAGAGAGUGGGCUGACAGCAAAUCCUGCUGUGACUAUUCCCUGCAUGUAGACAUCACUGAGUGGAACAACGGCACCCAGGAGGAGAUGGAGACUCUAGUGAAGGAUCAUGGUGUCAACUCUUUCCUGGUCUACUUGGCUUAUAAGGAUAUUUUCCAGCUUUCUGACUCUCAGAUCUAUGAGGUGUUCAGUGUCGUCAGGGACCUCGGAGCCAUUGCUCAGGUUCACGCCGAGAAUGGGGACAUCGUUGCAGAGGAGCAAAAACGCAUAUUAGAGCUGGGGAUCACUGGACCUGAAGGCCACGUACUUAGUCGUCCAGAAGAGGUGGAGGCCGAGGCAGUUAACCGCUCGGUCACCAUAGCCAAUCAGACCAACUGCCCCUUAUACAUCACCAAGGUGAUGAGCAAGAGUGCGGCUGAUGUGAUUGCUUUCGCUCGGAAAAAGGGUGCUGUGGUUUACGGAGAGCCCAUAUCUGCCAGCUUGGGCACAGAUGGUACCCAUUACUGGAGUAAGAACUGGGCCAAGGCUGCAGCCUUUGUCACCUCUCCACCGCUCAGUCCCGACCCCACCACCCCCGACUACCUGAACUCUCUGCUGUCAUGCGGGGACUUGCAGGUGACUGGUAGUGCUCACUGCACUUUCCAAACAUCCCAGCGUGCAGUAGGCAAAGACAACUUCACCAUGAUUCCAGAAGGCACCAACGGCACCGAGGAGAGGAUGUCUCUUGUCUGGGACAAAUGUGUGGUGACUGGAAAGAUGGAUGAAAACCAGUUUGUGGCAGUAACCAGCACAAACGCAGCCAAGAUCUUCAACCUGUACCCCCGCAAAGGUCGCAUCGCCGUGGGUUCUGAUGCUGACCUUGUGCUUUGGGACCCAGAUCUGACAAAGAUCAUCUCCGCUAAGAGCCACAACGUGGGUGUUGAGUAUAACAUCUUUGAGGGGACCGAGGUGCGUGGGGGUCCUAUGGUGGUGAUCAGUCAGGGUAAGAUUGUGCUGGAGGAGGGCACCCUUCACACCACGGAGGGCUGCGGACGCUACAUCAGCCGUAAACCCUUCUCAGACCACGUGUACAAGAAGAUAAAGGCUCGCAGCAGGCUCACAGAGCUGCGAGGGGUCCCCAGGGGCCAGUACGACGGGCCAGUGUGUGAGGUGACUGUGACUCCAAAGUUGAUGUCCACAGUUUCUUCGGUUAAGAACUCCCCUGCCAAGCAGCAGCAGUUAACCCAUCAGCCAGUGCGCAACCUCCACCAGUCUGGCUUCAGCCUGUCCGGCGCCCAAAUUGAUGACAAUGUUCCACGUCGUACCACUCAACGCAUUGUGGCGCCCCCUGGUGGAAAAGCUAACAUCACCAGCCUUGGCUAAGCUGCUUUUCCUCACGAGAGCCGCAGGAGGAACAUGGGACCAGAGGCCACGAUUACCAACUUCUGGCUCCCCUGCACCCCUUCUGUCCAUUUUUAUUCUCACCAUCACCACCACGUCACCUCAUUCAAGGAAGAAAAGCACUAAUUCAUGUUAUUUCAUCUCUCCUGCCACAUUCCUGUGUCGAGCUAGGAUAAAGUGAGUUUAGGAUAACUUUUUAUUCACAUCCAUUUGAUUAUUGAACUAUUAAGUUGUUUACAUUGUUUUAUCAUUUCUGCUCCAACAAUAGGUCAGAGAUUUAGACAAAAACUAGUCAGGAGAGGCAGUUGUAUGACAUUCGAACAGCAGCGAAUGUUCAGUUUUGUGUUGUUCUUAUAGCAGAUAAUUGAAUGUUUUGAUGAGAGAACCACUUUUGGCUAAAAAAAGUACAAGCCUGUCCACAUGAAAGAUAGAAAUGAAAAAUUCUAAUGGUCUCGCUCCAAAAACCAACCCACUUCUCUGAGGACUUCUUUGACGUUUGCCAAGAAUUCACUGAACUAAUUUGCCGCAAAUAAAAGUGUAAAUUAAAUCAAAAGAUACAGGCGUGUAAUAAAGUAAUCAAAAUCAGUUUUUGAGCCUCGGCCCAGAUGGAGUUCAGCAGCGUGGAUCCUUAAGUGUUGUUCUUGAUGUGGACGGAAAGUCACAUAUGUUGCUGAUAAACUUUUUAGACCGUAUUAAUAUGGUCUAAAAAAUGACUACAACUAGGCAUGGGCUGGCAUGACAUUCUUACAGUGUCAUAACCUGGAGGAAAAAAUCUUGCAGUUUUGCACAAAGGUUUAAAACAAAAAUGCACAAAUUCCUCGAUUUGUUUUUAUUUGUUUUAUUAAAAACUGAAAUUUAACAAUUCAUCUUGAUGCUGUGAAAAAAACGGACAUUAGUUCAGUUAAUAUGUGCACCAUGUUUUUCUUUUUUGAUACAUCUACUUUAACAAAAAUGUAUUAUAAAGUCCUGCUAAGUUUAGUAUUAGCUUUCUACUGCACCUCCUAAUUCUUAUUGUACCCCUGUUCAUUAAUGUUUAAAUAAUCAGAGACAACAGAAAGUUACUGUUGACUUCUACUUAGGCCUUGUAGUUGCAGACUCGUUUGCAGACCCAGUCCUUGUUUUGUUUUGUUUUUUAUUCAAAAAGAGCAAUAAAUUACACCUCUAAUAUAUCAAUGAAACUGCUAUAUAUAAAAAUCAAAAUAAUAAAAGUAAAGAGAAAAAUCUCAAACCCUUACAAAACGUUUUAGUUUUGUAAAAUUAAUGACAAAUGGCAACCUAUUGUCAUUCUCACUUUACUAGAUUAACACUGGGAGUAAAAAUACCCGAAAUUAGUGAUGGAUGACACACGGGGGGGACUCUGGCUGUGUGCAGCAACAGGUGGGGGAGGGUCUCUAUGCAGAAUAGAAAACCUAUCACGCUGGCACUUUCUCUGGCAUUUGAAUAAAAGUAGUCAUUUCUUUAGAAACAGUAGGAUAAAAAACAUUUAGCCAGUAACCGGCCCAUGCCUGCUAAAGACACAAAAAGGAUGAUUUAUCAGCAGUAUAUUGUCGUCUUUAAUUUUCUAGCAGUUGUGGGUUUUGUUUUUUUUAAGCUUGCAGUAUUUUGAUGUUUGUUUUUGGUGCUGUAUUGUUCCAUUUUGUUACAGUUGUACAUUUCUUCCUUUUUAUUUCGUUUUUUAAUGGCUGGUAGAGGCCGUGAAACGUUAACUGCACUAAAAGGAAAAGAGAGGGUAUUUCAGGGUCAAACCACUCGCUCAGCAUCACCCUGAAAAUUGGGGUCAACGUUGCCGGUUCGUGAGAUCUUGGUGGAGAAACGUGAACUUUUGCCCUCAUUUUACUGUGUUUUUUUUUUGUAUCUAUUUACCCUCGUACUUUUUUUUUUUCCUUGGAGUGUCGUCAGGGCAACAAGCCUCCAAUCCUGAGACGUUUGUCGUUCAGGAAACAGUUGGAUCCUACAAAGAGGUUUGAUUGGAGGCUUCUGCCGACAACCUCUCUGCACCUGGUGCUUUCUGACCUUUUUGCUGUAUACCAGCAGAUGAUGUCCACAUCCGUGCAGCGGUCGUGUAAGCGCUAUAUGUAUAGCAGCCAGGGUAGAGCUAACCAUUCACCUAGUUUUUUUCAUGUUUUUGCACCUGCAACAAUCCAAAAAUAGUAAAUGUGUAUGUGAGAUUGCAACUUUGUAUUGGAUAUACUUGUAUGUUUUAAGGAUACGUGUUGCCUGCCUGUUCUGUAAGAUAUUGAUAGCACACUGUGUCUAUGAAGGCUCUUUAAAGAUGUGAAAAGAUGUUUUUUUUUUUUUUGCUUGAGACCUGAUGAAAAAUCUUCAGUGUGUUUAUAUGAAGUCCCUCACAGUGUGCUGAUGAUGUGUCCUCUGUUCUCGGUGUUUGUGUUGUGAAAGAAGUUUUAAGAUGCUGUAUAUUGUCCCUUUACCUUCCUAUUUACACAACUUCAUAAACACCAGAUUUACCUAAGAUGAUAAUUGUAUUCACGGCCACACACAUGUACAGCUCCUCAGCAGAACGCUGGAUUAUUUCUCUUCAUUGCCUUGUCAGUUGUAGUUUUUGUAUGCAAAACUAUACUGUGAAGUGAUUUCCAUUUGGGGAUGUUUCUUGGAAAUGGUUAUUGAGUUGUAAUGUUAUGCACUGUUGUUUGCCCACUUCCACCGACUGUGACGGUCUUGCUCAUGUCUGCUCAUUUUAUUUUACUUGGAUGUACCAGAGUUUGGAGGGAACCAUCGGUCCUGUCAGCAUUUGACCUUUUCUGUGUUGAAUUCAAUGGAUUAAAAUUAUAAAAGCAAA